GACUCGUUACUCGCACACCUCUAUCGGUCGGAUUCACAGAAUUCUACACUGCACCAGUCACACAUCCUGACUUUUCUGUUAGACUCUAGGUGCGAACCAGCGGGCAGACAAUGUGCACUCUGACCGAGCAGGAACUGGAGUUCCACUACUCCCCAAGCCAGUGGACGCACCGGAUGAGUCCGAGCCAAGUGGUCGGGGACUUUGUGGCCAGAUCAGCAGAAGACAGCAGGACAGCCCUGUGGACUUUAGACGCAGAGACAGAAAUCAGCUAUGGCAAGUCAGAGAGACAAAAGUUUGACAUCUUCCACAAGAAAAAUACUCCAAAGAAAGGAGCCCCCAUCUUCGUCUUCCUGCAUGGCGGUUACUGGCAGAUCAAGGAUGUGUGCCGAGAGAACUCUGGGUUCAUGGCGGUUCCUCUAUGCAACGCCGGGGCUUCUGUGGUCACAGUGGACUACGACUUAGCACCUGAUGUGACCUUGGACGAGAUGAUCCUUCAGGUGAAGAAAGCCGUGCACAUGGUCAUCAAGCUGGCUAAGGAACGACAGAGCAGUGGAAUCUACCUGAGUGGUCACUCGGCCGGCGGACACCUAGCCUGCAUGAUGCUCAUGUCAGCGUUCUCCGAGUACGAUGCCUUCGACAGCGAGAUCAUCAAAGGUGCUAUUUUAGUGAGCGGCUUGUACGACCUUCGACCUAUCACGAAGACAUCCAACAACGACGCCCUGGGCCUGUCAGAAGAGGACGCCUGGAGGUUCAGCCCUUUAAAUUUCGUCUCGGAGAUCGCGCAGCAGUCGCAGCAUCGGCACGUUUCUUUUGUGGUGGGAGAGUACGACCCCCCGGAGUUCCGUCGUCAGAGCGGAGAGAUGGAGAAGCUGCUGCGGGACAGCGGUGUGAGGACGUCCUACAUGGAGGUCCCAGACACAGAUCACUUUGACGUGAUCAACAAGUUGAGCGAGCCGAAUUUCCUGCUCUCAAAGGAGAUAAUUCGUCUUAUGGGAUUGUGAGUUCCUGCCGACGUGACCUUCUUGUGUCUAACGUGGACACUUUGUGCGGGUUUGAUGAACUAAGGCAGAUGCUACAUUCCAAAUGUCCUCUGUGCAAACAGGGGACGACUUCUGAAGACAGCAGGGAUACACUUUUACGAGGGAUAGAGAGAGAGAGAGAGAGAGAAAGGGAUAGAGAGAGAGAGAGAGAGAGGGAUAGAGAGA